CAGUACUGUGAUUGAAUUUGAAGUGAAUACACUUAAAUGUAAUAAAAUAAAGAUAUUAGGUACCAAGCUAGUUAGGGGAAGGAUAAAGACAAACAUAUUUAUAUAACAAUUGAAAUCUUAUCGAGAAUUUUGAUAAUUCUGUAAUAUUAUAUAUUAUAUAUUUGUAUUUAAGUAGGUAUAAAUUAUAAAAUUAAUAAUUGAAGAAGGAUAUAGCAAAGAAAUUUGCAAUGUUGUGGUUAAGAGUGGCAGCGAUUUGGACGAUGGUGACUGCGGCCGAUGCAAUCAACAGACCUGUUUACAAAGUUGUGCUCACACAGAAAGGGUAUGCACAGUUUCUUCAAUAUGAUCUUGAAACGCCGCCUUUGAUAGAGUUUACAUUCUGCACAUGGAUCCGCCUGUACAACAUUGAGAGGGAGCAGACAAUUUUCACGUACAUCGUGAAUAGUAACAGAAACAUGGUACGCCUGUGGAUAGAUCCAGGGGGUCGGAAUGUGCAGUUGGCGAUCAAUGGUUGGUUGGCGACGACCUCUCCGAUCGAAAUGAUCCGGGACGUGUGGAAGCACGUCUGCGUGUCGUACCAGUCAGAUUUCGGUGCAUGGGCACUUUACGUGGACGCGAGGCUGGUCACGUGCGGCGCUUCGCAGGCGCUUAAUGGUUUCAUACUCCCACCUGGAGGCAGCGUAAGCAUCGGAUAUGGCACCACAGAUGAUGGUUUACCAAGCGGAAUAGAAGGAGAGCUUUUUGGUGUCAACAUGAUUCUUAUAUCCACGAUUGAAAGGAAUUAUACUAUGAAACAGAAUCCAAUGUUUAAACAAAAACACUUCCGAAAAAAUAAACUAAAAGAAAAUAGACGCGAAACAAACAAAUAUAUAGUUCUAAAUGAACUCAAAGAAACAAGAAUACAUAAUAGUUUUGAAGAUAACCCAAGAAACUCAAACAAGUCUUAUUUUAGAACUCCUCAUGAAUCAACAGAGACGUCAAAUGAAAGAGAUAUUUUAGAAUUUGCGAUUCCUGGUAGAUCAAAAACAUCAACUAGCGAUCCCAAUAAUAUACCAUUUUGGAGCUUGGUCCACAAUAAUCCCGAAGAUAAUAGAUUACAAAAGAAUAGAGAUAAUUUCAAAGCAGAGGCUCGUGACCUCCCAAUUUUGUCUGAAUUUGAAACGCCUCCACCACUCAGUCCAGGCAAUUUAAAUAAUAAUUUUAAGGGAAGCUUAGAUAAUUACAAACAAGAAGAGAAAUCUAAAAACUUAUUAGCAAUGAAACUAGACAAUGCAAAUAAUAUGCAAAAGGGUAAUGAGAUAUCAGAAAUAGAAACUCCACCUCCACUCGAGAAUGAUAAGAAAGUAUACGGUCAAUGGGUGAGCUCUAAGUUUGCUGCCAGCGUUUUAAAUCAUUUGAGAAAUUUACGGUUCAACAAAAAAGAUAUACAACCACUUCCAACUAUACCCCUGCAUAAAAUGUCUGAUGCAUUUCCUUAUGCAUCUGAAUACAAACUGACUAAACUUAGACCGCCUUCAGAAUUCGAAAGGCGUAAUUUAGGUGAAAACAAGUUCUACCCUGCACUAUUUGGUAAGCGGCGUCCGCAGUUUAAUGUACAAAUAUUAGAAGACGACAUAAGAGAAAAGAUUUUAAAAUCACAUUCUAGGUUGAAACCUAAGAAUAUUAACGUAAUUAAUAAAGGGGAAUCUAAACUUAACCACGAGAGGUUUAAUAGACAAGCCUUAUACACAUCACAGCAAUCGAGUAGUUCAGAAAGUAUUGAGAUAGAAAAUACGCCGCGACCCUUUCGGACUAAUAAAUACUUACAAUCACCCUCUUCAGAGGAAAAGAAAAGAAAAAGUUUAAGUAAAAAGCUUAAAUUAAAAAAUAAUUUGACAGUGUUGCCUUUUUUAAAAUCCUUAGAGUAUUUGAUAGAGGAUUCCGAUAAGACAGAAUCAAAAACUAAUAAAAUAUUUAGAAAUGAUAUGUAUACUCGUAGUUUAUCCAGUGGCAAUAAGUGGCAUAAUACAAAGUCUUAUAGUAAUGAUUACACGCCUAGGCAAAUUGAUGCUGAGCAAAAUAUAGAACAUAGAGAUAUCGAACAUAAACUUGCAGAUAGUAACAAUAAUAAUAAACAUCCGGCGGUCAAAUUGAAGUAUAAACAUAAAAACCGUGAUGAUAAUACAGAGCGCCCAAUCACAAAUGGGCGGAAUUUGGCUAAAACUGUAUCUUCUCUAGCAGAUUUCAGCAUUGCCCAAUCUCGGAAUCCAGAAUCCGUAUCUAUACAAAAAUUUAUUUAUGAUUCUUCAGAAGAUUAUAAAAAUAAAGAUAAAGGCAGUACGAAUGAUAUAUCAGAUGUGAAUGAGCGAUUUAAGGUGAACAAUUUCAAUAAACACGUAAAAAUAGGCAAUGCCCUCAAUGAGCAACACGUGAUUGGUAAGAAUGAGGUGCAAAAAAAACGUAGUUUCGAAGGUGGAGAUGCUAGCGUACCAGAUAUUAACAGAUACAGAUCGGACAUUGAUAAGGAAUAUAGUAAUGUACCUCCGUCUUUAAGUCCGAAAGUUUGCAAAAACGUGGAGUUGUAUGACAGAGUGUUAUAUAUUCAACCGGAUGAGAGUGUAGAUCUUACGCAUUUUAUGUCACCGGUGAAGUUGAAAAAUCCUGCAAUAGAAUUUAUUCAACAAAACUAUAAACUGUGUUCAUUAGAUGGUUCAUUUUUUGAAAACGAUCCUCUUUUAUAUUUAGAUUGGGGUAACACUCCAGUAAGACUAUUUGGUGGUGCUUACUUACAGACAACUACAGAUCUAUGUGGCUUUUUCAAGAAGUAGAAAUCGAAUGUACAAUCUACUGUACAGUAAAACUAACUUUGUAUAUUGUACUUCUACUCUUGCGUACCUGAUCUCAUACUUAUGAAAAAGAAAGGAUAGGCAAUAAAAGGUGUUAUAUUGUCUUAUAACGUAAUAAUUAAUGUGAUAAACUUACAGCAAGAAGAAAGUUGAACUCGUUAAACAAAAAUUUGUUAUACUUUGUUAAAUAAUUUGCAUAAUAUCACUGCAUACGUAACUUUUGAAUUUGUUACAAAUUGGUCACGAUAUUUCUGGCUUGCAGAACUCAAUAAAAUACAAUGGUUUCUUAUUUUAUAAUGGUCAAAGUUACAAUUAUGUUUUCCCAUAACCAAACUACAAGUUUGCAAAAUAUUUAAAGGACUUAUUUUUAAUAUUUUUAACUGUUUAACUUUAAAUCAUUUUACAUAAACUGUAUUGUAAUACAAGGUUUACUUUAAACUGAAUCAAUGAUUUCUUUUUAUGAAAUUUUAUCCAAGCCUAUUCCCGAUUGCAAUCACAGCUAUUGACAACAAAUACAGGAUUUGAUACAAAUAUGCUGUGAAAUAAUUUAAUAAAGUUUUAUAAGAUUUUAUUGCCUACUGUUCUCUAUAUACUCUGUAUGUGGUUAUCAAUCGACUGAUAAUAUCCAUUACUUUGAAAAAAAAAACAUUGUUGUCUGUUAUGUUGUCGUAAAUGCCGUCUCUAAUGCUAUGUGUGUUUAAUACUUCAAUAAAGACUGAAGAAAUGUUGAACGUAUUUACGUUCAAUUCUUUGAACAGUCUUGUAAUAAAUUUAUAUUUUUUGUAAA